GAGCCCCAUAAAACACCCAAGAAGAAGAGGCCAAGGAGGUGCAGACGGAGGCCUGGAGCAGGCUGCCCCGACAAGCAGCGUGCAGGCCGCCCCAGACCCCAAGAUCACCGUGGUGUUGGGGGAGGCAGGGAUGAAGGACAGCAGGCGAUGAUGGGUCAGCGGCAGACAUUGUGGAAGCAGUCCUCUGAGUCGUGGGGAGGACGCCACAACAGACUACACUAUCAAGGAGACUGUCUGCCAGGAUCUUAUUCAAUAUUUCUGCCCCCGGGGAGACGCGCCCCGAGGGAGGAUCCGCCCCAGGGAGGGAGAAUAUACCCCAGGGAAGGAGUGGCCGCCAUGAUGGAUGACAUGUUUCUGGAGGGCAAGAUGGAGGUGGGGGAGGAGGUGCGGCGGCAGUGCCAUGACCCUAUGCUGGCCCCCACGCCGGUGCUGCUGGCUCGACGCGAGGUUCCGGCGCGCCACCCCCGGGCCACCACCACGCAGCUGCAUCACAUCAGCGAGGAGAUGCUGGUUUACCGCAAGCACAACCUCCUCUCCUGCCAACUGCCCGGCUCACCCAAGUCCACGUUCCUUAUGGUAUUCAGCCCCGAUGGGUCAAAGGUCGCCUCCACCCACGGCGACCACAACAUCUACGUCAGCGAGGUCAACACAGGUCAGUGCAUCUGUACGCUGGAGGACACCCAAACCCCGUGGUGUGGCCUUCCACCCCGCCUCCAACGAGAUAGUGGCCUCGGGCUGCCUCGGCGGGGAGGUGCGCGUGUGGGGCCUCAAGAUAUACUUCUGGGAUUGUUCCAGCCGCAGCCCUUCACCAAGAUAUGCACGGCUGAUGAGAAGGAGAAAGUCAGGUACGUCAAAUUCGACCCGCUCGGCCACAAGCUCAUCACGGGGAUCGCCAACAUGCCCCACGAGAGGCCCGGGUCGCCCUCCACCCACCACAUGCCCUCGCGCUCGGAGCUGGUGGAGCGCGAGCAGCGAUACAGCCAGCUCUCCAGCCAGUACCUCAGCCUCGUCUCACACCUGGAGGCCCUAACGAGCUCAUCCGCCGCCGCUGCUGCUGCGUCCGGCGGCUCCUCGUCUGCCGCCACAACCGCCGCGACGUCAUCCACAAGCACCACGUCAGCUUCCCGCACGAUCGACCGAGGCACAGACCCCAUAGAACUCGGGGCAGCGCGGCGCGGCAGAUGACCGAGGAACGCAGAGGUACCGGCGGAGGAGGCGGCGGCAGUGUUGGCAGCGGCGGGAAUGGUGGCGGCAGCAGCAGUCAGGGGCCGCAGGACUCCACCAACACAAGCGACCCACCCAGGCCAUCCUCAGCCUUAU